AUGUAGCCACCUUUCAUGUAUGAGUAUAUUACAUCCAACUAGGCAAACAGAUUUUUGAGGGUGAAGAAAAAGCAUUUUUGAAAGGGGGAAUAUUGGUGAGAAUUGAAACGCAAUGAAUUUUAAUUUGGGCUCUAAAAACAUUCCAGAGAUCCUCACAGAAGUUUCGGGUAUGGAUGAUUUCAUCAAGCAAUCAUCGAUGCUGGAUUUUCAUGUCCAUGCAUUGGAAGAAGAAUUGCAUAAGAUUGAAGCUUUCAAACGUGAACUUCCUCACUGCAUGCACCUGCUCAAACAUGUGAUUGAAAGGUUGAAGGCAGAGAGCGGAAGAGAUGGAAGGGUAAAAGCGUCAAAUGAAUUCACCGAGAAGAAAGAUUGGAGGACUUGUAUUCAGAUCUGUACACCGAUGUCAAGAGAUGAAGCCUCUGUUUUUCCCCUGAAAUCAAGAUUCACGGAAGGGCUGGGAAAUAGGAAAGAAGGAGGGGCAUUUUCGGCAUUCAAGAGAGCAAAGAGUGAGGCUGAUUUGAGCGAUGAUGGAACUCCUAGGCAAGAUCAGAAGAAACAAAGGCGUUGUUGGUCUCCGGAGUUGCACAAGAUAUUUGUUGAUGCCCUCCAACAGCUUGGUGGCGCGCAGACGGCCACACCCAAGCAGAUUAGGGAGCGUAUGAAGGUUGAAGGACUCACUAAUGAUGAAGUUAAAAGUCAUUUACAGAAAUACAGAAUCUAUAUGAAGAGAGUUGAUUCAGCGGAGCCGAUAGCAGUUUCAGGGUUCCCUGUGGAUGGUGGCAAGGUGGUUAAAGGGGGCUCUGCAGCCACCAGCGGUGAGAGUAUCGGAAAUGAAGACGAAAACGACGACUAGUUGGUGAGAGCAACAAGGACCUUGCUUUCCAUACAAAAACACAUCAUAUACUCCUCCUACUUCUUAAUUAAUUUUACUUUCAUUCUACACUUUGCAAGACAAUUUAAAAUCGAUUUUCAUAUUGCUUCAUAUAAAGCUGUUUUGAGAUAUUUA